CUUCCAGGAUUAGCAGUGACGUCUGAAACCCACCAAGGCCAGGUACCAGCACAGCCAUCAUGGCCUUCAACAACACCAUGGAUCACGGCUAAGUCACCUUAACUUCUCCCACGAUAUCUCGCAACCAUGAUCGGGACCUCCGUUCCCGAAUACAUCUUCAUCCGCAUCAGCACCUUUGCCCUCCGCGCCAUCACCCCGCUCAGCGUCUUCUACGUCGCCUUCUCCAUCGCGGACCCGCCGUCUUCUUCCCUGAGAAAGGCUGCGCUUGCGUGGGCCACGGUCGAAGCAGGCUUCUAUCUACUUGUUUUCUUUCCCCGGAAACGGCAGCUGCAAAGCCCGGCACAGCAUCCGCUACCGCUCGAUCGGGAAGAGAGGCAGGAGCUAUGGAGCAAAUGUGCAGGGAACAUACCUGAGCCAGAGGCAUAUUUGAGCAAGUGGUUUCUCGGGGCGAAGGCGCAGGAAAUUGCGAGGGGUAACGUGAGGGAAUGGCUGAGGUGGGCUAUGUUUGGUAAGGGCGAUGCAGACGGGAAGUUGGCUGAAGAGGAUGAGGAGGAGCUGGAGGGGUAUGUGGACGGCGUUGAGGUGGUGAUGGGUAGGAAGCUUGACGCCGGAAUGGGGAGUGCGAAGAGCUUGAGGUUGACAGUCGAUGAGGUGAAGAUGCUGCAUCGUCCAUUUUUGUGGUAUAUGAUUGUGGGACUCGUGGAUACACUUACGGCAGGCUAUCUCUGGUACAACGGCUUCAAGCUUCACCGAACCCCAAUGCGUCAAUGGCUCGGCGUAUUUCCUUGGAGACUCUGCUGUCUCUUUACAUCACGUAUUUCCCCAGCUUCUAAUCUGAACUACUGGUCCCGCCCACACACGUCUAAGACUCGCCUACCAGUGCUCUUCAUCCAUGGCAUAAGCAUGGGCCUAUAUUCAUACGCCCAAUUCCUCGCCGAAAUAACAAAGCACGACCCGUUGGGACCAGAAGACGGUGAAAUUGGUAUCAUCGCAAUCGAAAUCUUGCCCAUUAGCUUCCGCAUCACGUCGCCUGUUCUUGCUAAGCAAGAAAUGGUCCGCCAGAUCUCUGACAUCAUUCACGCACAUGGGUGGGACAAAUUCGUUCUAGCAUCACACUCGUAUGGCUCGGUGAUUACGACGCAUCUCCUCCAGACUCCUCAUGUCGCGAGAAUGAUCGGCCCGGUUGUGUUUAUUGAUCCCGUCACCUUCAUGCUCCAACUCCCGGACGUAGCUUACAAUUUCACUGCUCGUCCGCCCCGCGGCGCGAAUGAGCACCAACUCUACUACUUUGCUAGCACGGAUAUGAUGGUCGCCCAUACCCUCGCGCGAAACUUCUUCUGGUCAGAGAAUAUUCUCUGGAAAGAGGACGUCGCGGGCAGAGAUGUUACUGUCAGUCUAGGAGGAAGAGACCUAAUCGUGGACACUGAGAUUGUGGGAAAGUAUCUCGCGGGAGUUGGAUGGGAGAGUGAGGACCAAGAGUGGAAGAAGAGAGAUUGGACAGGGUCUGGGUUGGAUUUACUCUGGUUUCCGACAUGCGAUCAUGCUCAGGUAUUUGAGCGGAAGGAAGGCAGGAAGAGGUUGGGGGAUGUUGUGAGAGCGUAUGCCGAGAGGAGGGAAGUUGGUGAUGAGCUUCCUUGAAACCUGGCUAAGGCACGCGCGACAAUAAAUCUCCACUGCUUAUUGGUGCGUGGAGGUAUAUUCUUCAUUCCGGUCAUUGGGAAUAGAAGGCGUUGCAGGGAAUUCUAGCCUUUCAUUUGAAGCGUCGAAUGCAUCUUGGUUUUACUUUCA